GGCAAGAGAGACACACGGAGAGUGGAGUGAGAGAAGAACCUGUACUCUUCCACAGCAUAAGGAGAUAGGAAUCCAAAACACAUAAUAAUCAUUCUGCUCAAUUUUUGCAAAGUGGGCUGCCAAUUGCCUCACUGGAAGGCACAUAAUAAUCACUAUUUAUCUUCGCUGGAUCUGGACUCUAUAUCGUUUUUGGAAAGGUGCACCGGUCUUUUUUCGCUUGUGCGUGUGUGUUGCAGCUCAACGGUAUGUUAACUGAUGCUGCCUGGUUUCAAAGCCGGCUGGUUAGCAAGGUGGCAUGAUUUCAUCAAUAAGAAUCAAAAGGUGGAUGAUAGAGAUGGCCUUAAAGCUGCUGAUACGUGUAAAAUGUGAAGAUGGAAGAGAGAGGCCAGUCAUAUGAAUGAGAAAACAAAGAGUGGUUUAAAAGUCUUUCAACGCUGCCUGGAGAGAUUAUGAUUUAAAAUGUCUCGUUCUUCGGAGACAGUCAGACAUCAGAAACAGCUUUAAAUAUCCAAUCAUUUAGUUUUCUUAUUAAUGCAUUCAUACUUUUCAUUGUAUUAUGGUACUGAUAGUACAUAGUAUCACACAUAUUGACAUUGGUAGAUGAAGAUGGCUAGAUGGCAUUGUUUUUGUAGCAGUGCUAAAACAGCUGUUGUGAUAACAGCUUGAUCUCUAGAAGACAGCAAGCAGAUGACAUUUUAAUGAACACAAAGGCCUUCUCGGCAUUCUUAUGUGCACGUGCAGAUAGUAGUGGUAUGAGAUUUUAGUUAAAAGUCCAGGUGUACUGGGUAGUUUCAAUCUCAUGAUGAAUCCUAGUGUGGAGGUGAUGGAAAUCCAAACAAGAAGUCAAAAGGAAAAGUUGACUCCAGUCAAAGCCAAUUCCAAACAUGAUAUGGAGAGUGAGGAUGACAAAAUCCCAGGGUCUUACGACUGCAACGUUUGUGGACGCAGCUUCCCUUUCAUGAGCUCUCUGUCACAGCAUAUGAGACGCCAUACUGGCGCACGCCCUUAUAAAUGCCCCUACUGUGACCACAGGGCCUCUCAGAAGGGAAACCUCAAAGUUCACAUACGCAGCCACAAACUGGGCACGCUCUCUAGCCAUCACUCCAACGAUGAACAAGAGGGAGGAGCAGAGGAGGAAGAGAUGAGUGUUUCAGAGGGUCUUGACGGAGGCACAAGUCCAACCAAGAGCAGCUCAGCUUGUAACAGGAUGAUGAGUGGAGAUGGUGCUGAAGAUAGUCGCAGGAAAGUACCUGUGAGGAACUUGAAAAGAGAGAAACCUCUAAGUGACCAGCGCCCUUACUGCUGCCGUCUUUGUGGCUAUGAGGCCCAGCGGGAAGACCAGCUCCUGAGCCACAUCGAGAAGGUUCACAUCACUGUUGACAUAGACGAGCAGACGAGUGUUAAGGAAGAAGUCGUAGCUGAACCAGAUGUCCUCCAGCCUCAGUGUGAUGUGGCCUUUCCUUGUGAAACCUGUGGCCAGGUCUUCACACAAGCCUGGUUCUUAAAGUCACACAUGAAGAAACAUGCAGGAAUCCUGGACCAUUGCUGUCGCAUAUGUGGAAGACGAUUCCGCGAAGCUUGGUUUCUCAAAUCCCACAUGAAAACACACAACACAAGAUCACGGUCACGAGCAAAAUCUGAUGCUGCUGAGCAUCCAGCCACCAUAAAUGAUGUAGCACAGGAUCCUGAAAUUGUCAGCUCUGUUGCAUCUGUCUAUCAAAUGUGCUCGAAAUGUGGGAACUUGUUUGAUAGCCGAGAGAGCUUGAGGGCCCAUGAUAAAGUCCACAGUCUCAGUUAUGGGAAGAAAUCUCAAACCCGAUCACGACCCAGUGAUGAUGAGAACUCACCAGCUGUGAAAAAACGUUUGCUUGACUACUUAGGCCUUCAGCCAUUUGCAGAAAAGGCUGAGGAAGAUGACAAUGAUAGGAUACUGGGUCAAAGAAUCUCUGAGCUUGAUCCAGUUUGCAGCUACCAAGCAUGGCAGUUAGCUACUAAAGGAAAAGUUGUGGAACCAGUAGAGUGCAACAAGGCUUCCGGUGAUGGAGGAAGUAUUGGAGACGAAGACCUUGCUACAGCUGCUGUAGUGUAUGAGAAGGAGAGCAGCAGCUAUGUGCUUCAAGGUCAAGAAAAACGCAGCUCGGUUCGCCGGAGCAGCUCUGGUUUGGGAAACCAUGUUUCUUCUGGAGACCAGACACCAGAGAGCCUCAGUGAUUCUGAGUACCGACCUUCAUCUCGCCAGGAGCGAAGACGACCAUCACAGUCUCAAGCUCCCUCCAAAUCCAAUGAGUGCUUUGAAUGUGGGAAGAUGUUCCGCAGUCGCCACCAGGUGAGUGUCCACCAACGUGUCCAUAGAAAGGAUGGAGGCAGGAUGUCCAUCGAAGACAAGGAAAGAACUGAGAAUAAAGACCACUGGGGAUCAACCAGUGACCCAGAAUCUGGCUCCCCAAGCCGACCCUUCACCCCGGGGUAUGGAGACUCUCCACCAGCCUCCACUCUCAGAGACCAUGCAUCCGAGAUGGGAACCGCUAACUCAGGAGAGCUUGCAGAUGAGAAGCCUUACAUCUGUAGCCUGUGUGACUUUGUUACCGCUGAGUCACAAACCUACUUGGCUCAUGUCCGUGUCCAACAUCCAGUUUCCUCCACAGACAGAACAAGCCCCAUUCCCAGAGUCACCCCCGAUGGUUAUCCCAAGUUGAAGAAAGCCCUUUUGCAGGGGUUGACAAAUGCUGAAUCCCCUCCAGCUCACCCUUCCACAUGCUCUUCUCCACUUGAUCCUUUCUUGACCCCUGUGGAUUUAUGUGUCAGAGCUGGGGGUCACAGGGGCAGAACCCCUGCUGCCCAAGACAGGAAAAUCCUCCCAAACCACAAGUGUUCCUUCUGCUCCCAUUCUACCCUCUAUCCUGAGGUUCUGUGGAUGCACCAGACUAUUGCUCACCGUAUGACCAGCAGUAGCUCCAAUCUGGCGCCAAAAUGGGCUCUGAAAAACAACAACAAGGGGCCCAGAGACAGCUUGUUAUCCUCGAGAAGGCGUACUGGCCCCCCACCAGUCUUGGAGGGUAAGGAAUGUCCACCGCUGCCAACACUUGUACGUGCCCAACGUACACGGCCCCCGAUGCAGGCUAGCGAUGUACGGAAAAAAAACCCAACAGGUGAUCAUGCAGGUACAAUACCACCAUCAUCCUCUACCCCCUCGCCGUUGCUGUCGAGAGCCUCCACAUCCACCUCAAGAUCUCAUGCUGGGAGAGUCCCCCAGAAUCAGCCUCCUCGCUUCAGACACAAAGUGACUAGUUCUUCUAGAGGAAGCUCACAGUCAUCCUCCAGCUCAACAGAGAAGCACCCCAGGACCAUUUCACAUUCCCCAGCCCCAUGCCCCAAUUCUUCUACAGCUUCCAGAAGGGCAGACCAUUACGUGAUGCCACAGGAGGGACUGGGCUUCAUGCUGUCUAGCAAGUAUAGCAGUCAAGCAGAGUACAACCGAGCUGGAGGGUUCUCUCAUCAGCCCCUUACUAACUACCACAACGAGCACCGCACAAAUGCUGCGAGGCCUAGUACCAUCAUCCAUAGCUCCACAAUGGGACAAGGCUACGGAGCCUCACAGGCACAUGGCAGCAUGCUGCAGACUUAUUCAGGUUCGUCCUCCUUCCCCUCAAAACCUAAUGGAAAUAUGAAGCAGGAGACUCCAGAAACGCCAAACGACAUCCUCAGCUUCCUAAAAAACUACAGCCCGCAUGAUCUGGCUGCGCUUUACCACCGCUGGGGUGCCUCUAAUGCACUUAUGGAUCCUACUGGGAUGCUGAGGUCUCUCAUGCAGCAGGGACAACAUUUCUGCCACGAGUGCGGGAAGAGUUUCAGCCAGCCCAGCCACCUGCGCACUCACAUGAGGUCCCAUACAGGGGAGAGGCCUUUCUGCUGCCAGCUCUGCCCAUACAGAGCCUCUCAGAAAGGGAACCUGAAGACACAUGUCCAGAGUGUCCACCACAUGCCUUUCGACAACAGCCGGUACCCAGACUCAAGGACCUUGUUACCAAACUCCGCGGAGCGAGGAGCUGUCAGACCACCACCAACACCACAAGAACAGCUUAGGUGCUGUCAUGGACCUGGGUCUGAACCAAUCUGAAUCCAGCCUAGUCAGGGACUGAAACACCUGAGGACUUGAUGAACUUUACAGCUUUGUGGUGAUAAUGUGAAACAUUUUCUCGAUUCUAAUGAGGGUUUUCUAUAUUUCUUUUGUAGUUUGAGGGAGAUGUUUUUUUAAUGCAUACAUAGAAAAGGUUGCUUUACAAUUCAAUACAGUAGGUACAGUACAGUCCUGGACAAACUAGGGUUUGCACACAUACAGUAUGAGAAUGUAUCUCAAUGUGCAGUAAAAUGAAGAGUUUGCCAGCUCAACAAGUAUUGUACGACUCCGAAAGUUUAUGCUCCACUUCUUAAAAAUGAAGAUUGUGUUGAAUUCAUAUGUUGCCCUUGAUGAAUCCCAUACUGUCCUUACAGUAGUCCCAACAGAUAAAGAGUCCUACUGCAACGACUACGGCAGCAUCAAACAUGCUUAAAAAUGACCGGUGAUUAUUUGAUUAUCAAUAUAGUGGCCGAUAAAUGUUCUCUGGAUUGUAUAAUUGAUUAAUCGACUAAUCAUAGCAGCUAUAAAGAGUUUGUCUUUGGGGCUGGAAGCCAUUAAAAUGCCUCUGUGUGUGUGUGUGUGUGUGUGUGUGUGUGUGUGUGUGUCAGCAUACACAAAUGUGUUAAAGUCACUUGGCUCUAGUCUUUAAGUGCGGUCUUAGGAGUGACCACUCUGAGGGGGAAUGAUUAGAGGCAGGGAGGUGAGAUUAGUGGGAGAGAGAAAGAUGUGUCUGCACUAAUGCUCAUUAAAAAGAGUUGCGUUUUAAUAGCCAUUAUAAAUGAGUGUACCAUUUUUAUGGUCAUACAAUUAUUGUCAAUUGAAGAGGAAGGGGCUGAGUGCCGGCAGUUUCCAUCUAUAUAACUCCUUUAUAUUACUGAGCCUUUCCCAUACUGACACUUUGACUUUGAUUUACGCUGCAAACUUGCAGUGGGAGAAGCAUGAAGUCUCAGAUAGGAAUUGCACAAAUUACAGUCCAGCUUGUGCACUUUUGGUGGCAAAUUCUGUUAAUGCUAGCCAGUGUGAUUGCUCUCUGCUAAAUGGCACUAAGGUGUCAAAAGCAGAGAGAUGGGCUACAGUCAGCAUCAUUAGGGAUUUUAGACGCCCUUUUUUUUUUUUUACUCGAAAAAAUGUACUUCUUUUAUCACAUAGACUUACUGCGACCCCUUUAAAGUGACGAUAUUUACCAGGUACAUUGUGGUUAAUGGUACACACGUCUGAUUCCCAGGCCAGGGUUGCGUCAGAAAGGGCAUCUGGAGUAAAACUAAGCCAAAACAAGACAGAGAAAAUCUAAAAGUGAAAACCAAAAAAGGAAAAAAAAACAUUUUUUUGGAUCACAGUCUUAAUAUGGUCAACGACCUGAUCCACGAACACUGCACAGAUAUGCAGUUUACUGUAAGAAACCAACUCGAUAUCCAGAAUAAAGUGGUUGUUAUUAUUAUUGAAUGAUUUGUAGCUUAGGAUUCUAAGAGCUCAAAAGAAGGCAGGCAGCGGUCAAAAGGUAUGCCUUCUUGGUCCCAUCGUGGGACAUCAGGACGAUACAUCCUAGUCUAUUGACACCCAUUCUGUGCUUCAGCCAUGCCACGAAAUAAUGAACCCCUUUGAACGAUCUCGUUGUUGUACAGCCUUAACAUAUAUGUGUGCAUGAGUUUGUUUCCAACCUAAAAUUACUGAUUUAAGACGUAACAACUAACAUCCGCGCUCUGCAGUCUCUCUCUACAAGAUGUAGUAGACGACAUCCUUUGCAAUGAGUGUUAAAAUGAAUACAAGGAUUUUUUUUUUCACGUCUUCUACUUGGGUUUGUGUUCUCAGCAACCCCUGAAUUGAGUAAGCCAUGCCUCCACUCUUUGGGUAGAAGAAGAGCAUCAUAAUUGUCAGGGAUAUACAGUAAGUGUCGGGUACAUUUUUUGCACGCGUGGACGAUUCAAACCAGUUAACACAGAAUUAGACUAUUAGUCAAUUUUGAAACCUCAGUAGUUUGGAAUGAACAGCGGAUGUAAUGCCAGCUCGGUGUUGAGAUAUGCAUACAAUAUUGCGUGCUUCAAUAUGCCUAAUGAUACACAAAUGUGUGAGGUCGUGGUUGGUGAAAAUACUUGAAAAUGGAUAUUCUAGCCUUGUAGUGUAGUGUAGUGUAGUGCUAAUACAUACGUUGUACAGAAUUCCCUUUAAGAUGAACUUCCUUGGUUAGGAAUUUGUACUCCGAAGUGUGACUUAGAAAAAGUGAGCAGCCGGAGUGAGUGUAAUAUAAACUAUGUAUGCGUAAUCCACUCCUACCAAACCUUUAUAUACAGCGGUAGAAACCAAAUGGCAUUAUUAGUGCACUUAGACUAGAUUCCUGCUUUAAAGUUUCUGUUCAACUCUAGCCAAGGUUACGUUGAGAAUGUUUCCUUUAACAGUGCCAGCUAAUGCAAUUCAAUGUCAUUUUGGGUUUAGAGGCUUUUUGCAUAGAUUUUAAUGACAGAUAGCUUUUUUGUACUGCUUUUUAGUUUCCUCGAGGAAAGUUUGACAAGUUGAGGUGCAGCAGUGCUUAUUUUUCAUGAAGAUGUAAGAGCUUGUUUUUAGUCUUUCUCUUGGCUAAAUUGUAGGAUUUUUGUCAUUAACUCGCCACGUCUGGCCUCCCACUGGGACUGUUUCUUUUUUUUUUUCUUAUGUCGGGGGUUUAUCACUUAUUUUAAGUUGUGUUUUUUGCGCGUGUGAGCUUUUUAUUUGUGAUGAACUUCAUGAUUAAUGUACCUUAGAAGACCUUAUUAUUCCAAGUGUUUUGGUUGAGAUCUGUAUUUAUUAUCACUUCAAAAAGGACACAAGGACAGAGGCAGGACAGGUGCAUUUGGUAAUUUUGAUUUUCUGGGUCUUUUUUUUAAUUAUUAUUCUUUUUUUUUAGUGUGUCGUUUCAAGCCAGCAAGCUGAUGUGAAAGCUCUACCUCGUCUGAGCCAUUCUCAGUUCUGUUACACUUUUGUAAAUCAUGUCAUGUCCACAAUAAAGACACACAAAAUGGCGAGUUUUG